AUGGAGCGCUCGCCAACGGCCGACGCUCCGGGCCGGCCCACCCCGCGCAGCCGCAUCCAAUCACAAUGCUCAGAACUGGAGAUGGAGCCAAUCAGGUCCUACCAGGAGGCGGGGACACCGAGCUGGAGUGUGGAGACGCAUCUGCCGCAGGCUCAGUCCACGCCUUCGAGAGCAGGGUUCUGGGACACGAAGGGCCUGUAUUUUCAGGCAUUUGGUGGCCGCCGCCGAUGUCUCAGCAAGAGUGUGGCCCCCCUUCUAGCCCAUGGCUACCGCCGUUUUUUGCCCACCAAGGAUCAUGUCUUCAUUCUCGACUACGUGGGGACCCUCUUCUUCCUUAAAAACGCACUGGUCUCCUCCACCCUUGGCCAGAUCCAGUGGAAGCGGGCCUGCCGCUAUGUUGUAUUAUGUCGUGGAGCCAAGGAUUUUGCCUCAGACCCAAGAUGUGACACAGUUUACCGUAAAUACCUCUACGUCUUGGCCACUCGUGAGCAGCCAGGAGUGGUAGGCACAACCAGCAGUCGGGCCUGUGACUGCGUGGAGGUCUAUCUGCAGUCCAGCGGGCAGCGGGUCUUCAAGAUGACAUUCCACCACUCCAUGAGCUUCAAACAGAUUGUGCUGGUUGGUCAGGAGACCCAACGGGCUCUAUUGCUCCUCACAGAGGAAGGAAAGAUCUACUCUUUGGUAGUGAAUGAGACCCAGCUGGACCAGCCACGCUCCUACACAGUUCAGCUGGCCCUCAGGAAAGUGUCCCGUUGCCUGCCUCACCUGCGUGUGACCUGCAUGGCUUCCAACCAGAGCAGUACCCUCUACAUCACGGACCAGGGGGGAGUGUAUUUUGAGGUGCAUACCCCAGGGGUGUAUCGUGAUCUCUUUGGGACCCUUCAAGCCUUUGACCCCUUGGACCAGCAGAUGCCACUCGCUCUCUCACUGCCUGCCAAGAUCCUAUUCUGUGCUCUUGGCUACAAUCACCUUGGCCUGGUGGAUGAAUUUGGCCGAAUCUUUAUGCAGGGAAAUAACAGAUAUGGGCAAUUGGGAACAGGGGACAAAAUGGAUCGAGGGGAACCCACACAGGUACAUUAUCUGCAAUGCCCCAUUGCCCUGUGGUGCGGCCUCAACCAUUCCCUGGUGCUGAGCCAGGGCUCGGACUUCAGCAAGGAACUUCUGGGCUGCGGCUGUGGGGCUGGAGGCCGCCUCCCCGGCUGGCCUAAGGGGAGUGCCUCCUUCGUCAAGCUCCACGUCAAGGUUCCUUUGUGUGCCUGUUCCCUCUGCUCCACCAGAGAGUGCCUCUACAUGCUGUCUAGCCAUGACAUUGAGCACUACCCUGCCUAUAGGGACCUGCCAGCCAGCAGGGUGGUGGGGAGCCCUGAACCCAGCCUGGGGACUGGAGGCCCCCAGGACCCUGGGGGGGCAGCCCGGGCCUGUGAGGAGUACCUCAGCCAGAUCCACAGUUGCCCCACCUUACAGGACCGCAUGGAGAAGAUGAAGGAGAUCGUGGGCUGGAUGCCCUUGAUGGCCGCACAGAAGGAUUUCUUCUGGGAGGCCCUAGACAUGCUGCAGAGGGCUGCUGGUGGUGUUGGCCCAGGCCCAUCAACCCCUGAGAGCUGAUUCCCCUCUCCCAACCUCACCCCUGGAGGGAGUCUGGCCCCGGGCCAGGGGCUAAGGAGAGAUGGAGUGGUGACAGUGAACACUGUGUGCAUGUGGGGAUGGGUCACAGGGGGUAGGGCAGGGAACUCUUUUGUAAAAUGUUCAGGGGGCUGCCCAGGAGGGGCCUCCAGUCUGACUAUCAUGGACAAGAGAUUUGAUGGACAAAUAGAAUAAAAGGCUGAAGUGAGGCCCCGUUUGGAACCCUGGAGCCUGGGGGGGAUUGGGCAGAGGAUGGGGACAAUGCCCACCCAGUGGAUAAAGGAGGGCAGGAGCAGCUCAAGCUCUGUUGCUUAAGAGCUGAUGGCACCUGAGUCCUCGGCUUUAUUCUCAAGACUUCACCAGGUCUUUUUGACUUUGAAGCCCUGGCCCCACUUUCAGGAACAACUCAGUCAACAUACACUGCUUAGUCCCCCAGUUUGGAUCCUCUCUACAGGUGUUUUCUSCAUCCUUAGGGGCCACUUCUGACUCUGUAAAGCUCCCUUACCCAUGGCCCUAGUUCCAGGGAAGUCAGUCCCCUCCUCUCUCCCUCCUGUUUUAUUCCCAGGCCUGGUCUCCUGUAUCCUUUCUUUGCCUUACUUACUACUCUUUCCCUUCUUUCCUUAGUAAGAGGGACACUCCAUGCCUCCAACUCUCUUGUACCUCAGUUAUUUGAAGAGAGAAUGGGUGUGCAGAAUUUUUCCUCCCUGGCCUGUCUGGCCCAGAGAUAGAGGGAAGGCCAUAGAAAUGUAUGGUAGAAAGCUGGCUAGGGCUGAGGGUGGCCAAGAGGCUAGAGAAAUUAUUUGGGUGGAAGACACAGGAAGAACUCAUCUGGGUUCUGAGGAAGCAGGGUGUGUGGUGGGGAAGUAUGGAACAGAGCCCCAGGAAGGUCCAGAGCUGUGCUUACAAGGUACUCGGACACGGGACAGAGUGGGGUUCCAGAUGACAUUACUUUAUGCAUGG